UGGGGGAGGAGGGAAAGCGGCGAGUAAGAUGGAAGAUGAGGAGGUCGCUGAGAGCUGGGAGGAGGCGGCAGACAGCGGGGAAAUAGACAGACGGUUGGAAAAAAAACUGAAGAUCACACAAAAGGAGAGCAGGAAAUCCAAGUCGCCUCCCAAAGUGCCCAUUGUGAUUCAAGACGAUAGCCUUCCCACGGGGCCCCCUCCACAGAUCCGCAUCCUCAAGAGGCCCACCAGCAACGGCGUGGUCAGCAGCCCCAACUCCACCAGCAGGCCUGCCCUUCCAGUCAAGUCCUUAGCACAGAGGGAGGCUGAGUACGCCGAGGCUCGGAAGCGGAUCCUGGGUAGCGCCAGCCCUGAGGAGGAGCAGGAAAAACCCAUCCUCGACAGGCCAACCAGGAUCUCCCAACCCGAAGACAGCAGGCAGCCCAGUAAUGUGAUCAGACAGCCUUUGGGUCCUGAUGGGUCACAAGGCUUUAAACAGCGAAGAUAAAUGCAGGCAAGAAAGGAUGCCACCGUUGCCACCAUCACCGCCUCCUGGGUCUUCUGCCAUGGGUCGCACGGCCGUGGCAGACAGCUGGACUUGAGCAGAGGGAACGACCUAACUUACUUGCACUGUGAUCCCCCUUGCUCCGCCCACUGUGACCUUGAACCCCAUGCACUGUGACUUCCUUCUCCCCCCUUCCCACUGUGAUUGGCACGUCGACAAGGGCUGUCCCAAGUCAAUGGAAGGGGAAAGGGUGGAAACUAGGGGAGGGCUGGGGGGACCCACUAAGGACUCAAGAGUAGAGAGUCAGACAGUGCCACAUGGCCACUUGGGGCAAAGCCAGUGCCAGCAAUAACAGUUUAUCAUGCUCAUUAAUUUGGGAUCUCAAAACACAAAUGAGAACUCCUGCCCACCCACCCCUAAGUGCGUGUCUUCAUCGCUUUAAAAGUAAGUUCCAUUUGAAAAUAUCCUUUUCUUUUUAUUUUUCUUCCUAUUUUUGUUUUUACAAAUACCCGAUUUGCAGGAAAAAGUGCAUGGGAGGGGUUUUAGCAGUUUAAUGAAUUUUUAAUUGAGAAGGGUAGUUUAAUAGUCUACUUUUAAAAUGUUUCUGGAAAUUUUGCUAGAAACAUUAACCCAAUAGAAUUUUGGUGAGCUUAGCUUCUAUACUCCUACUGCUGCCCAGAAAAGGGGCAGGGCUGAAUAGCCCCAGGAUAGAUGAGCACCCCAUGCCUAUAUUCCCUCCUCCAGCUAAGCCCUGGGUGGCUUGGCCCUGCCUGGGAAGAAACUAGCUAUCCAGGCUCCAAGAGCCUGGAGAAGAUGUAGCCCCCUUCCUGCCUAGUAUUUUGGGAGAUGGGGAAAGUGAUCGACUUACCCUCCCCCAGUCCCUCAGGGUGGCUCCCUACCAGCCAGACCUGCUACUUGUAGAGAAGGAAAAGGCCCUGGGAGUGAGACAGCACUCCUGGGCUGAGAAGCAAGAGGUGUGAGGUUGUUCAGUGUUUGCCAUCAGCAUAUGACAGGAGAAAGCCUGGCUCUAAGACUCCAGGCCUUCAGCCUAGUGACAGAAGGUAGAGCUGUCCAGCCAGGCUGGAACUCUUGGGGUCUUGUGGUGCUCCAUCUGUUUGAUGGUAACUUGGUAACUAAACCUGAUAACGUCCUGUGUGAAAUCAGUACCAUGAGAGAGGACCAGUCUGAAUAAAGUUUCAUUGCAAAGAUGGAUGCCCAGCUGGUUCAGAGAAGGCUGGUUCAGGCUGUCCUAAUCCCCUUUUCCAGAGCUUGUGCCUGGAAUGAAGACAGUGUCUCCUGUCUCUGGAACCUGUUUGUUUGGCUCUUUGGGCAGGGGCAGCUGUCCAGGGCAGUUGUGUGUGGGCAGCCUGGCUCUUUGCAGGUGCUCUGAUCUCUACCAAUGUACUAUGCCAUCCAGACAGCCCCUCCACCCGUAGACGGGUUUUGGAAUGGCUGGUGUAGUUUGGGAUUAGGGCAGCCAAAAUGGCCAGGUUUUGCAGGUUCAGUCUGCCUUGGGUUCACCUGGCUACCAGCCUUGCCCUGUAGCAGUGGUAGACAGGGUCCUGUUGUGUCCCUUGACAUCUUCCCCUUAGGAGAAACUGAGUCACAGCACAGCCCAGAACUGUGAAACCAGGAAUUGUCUGCAUGUGCGCUAGAACGAGCCUCCAUCUGUAAGAGGAGCCAUCACCCACAGGAGUGGCUGCUAGCUCAGAGUCCACUGCCCUGACCAAGUGUUCACCCCUCCCUGCAAUAAUAGUGGUUCCUGACUGAGGUGAGACUGUCCUCUGAAGUGGAGAUGUGUGCAGAGGUGGCCCAGGUGGGAAGGCCCAGGGAUGAUGGCUCAGUUCACAGGGCCACCUGGGCCUGCUGCAUACCCCUGGUGGGAGCUGAGGGCAGGCAGGCACUGGCUGGUGGGUGUCUGCAUUGAGAACGUGCAGGGAGGGCACCUACCUCCCUCAGCCAAAGACAGGGCUUUGCCCACCGUGUGCCUGUCCCCGCUGCCCAGCUGCCAUGCCUUUGGCUUCCUAGACAGAGAGGUGGCAGGCAAAAUGAGAGAAAGGGAAAACAGGAAACUCACGUGUUGGGGGAGGUGGGAGAUGAAAUGGAGAAUGGUUUGGGUUUUGUAUGUGUGUGGUUUGUUGUUUUCCUUUUCUUUUUUCUUUUUUUCUUUUUUUUCCCCUCAAUUUGGUAGUUGUCUGUAACUUUCCUUAAGUGCUUUUUUUUUUUUUUUAAGCAAGUUGCAGGCUUUGGCUUGGAAAUCCCCAGGGGGUAAGGGGCAGGAACCUGAGGCUGCUGCCCCUUUAUCUGCCUUCAUGGUACUGUCCCUUCCUCCAGCUCCUCUGGACCCCAUGAGCCAGGCCUCAGCCCUUCCAGCUAACCACUUCCCAUGAGCCACUACUCUGAUGUCAGCCUAUAACCAAAGGAGCUGGGGGUCCGGGCCUGGUGACCAGCCCUUCUCAGCCCCCUCACUCAGGGUGCUCCCCACCUGCAGGCAGGAGGCAACACCCUAUCUGCUGCCAUCAGCCCCUUCCAGAGCCCACUUGCCCUGCCCGGCCCUGCCCUGCCCUGCCAUACCCUGCUCUACCCCGUCUGGGGUUGCUGUGCUCAGGGAGGGGCCGGCAGGGCUACACCCAGCCUCCUGGUAAACAGAGACUCAAGAAACCUUCAGGGUCCUGUUUCUGGUUGUAUGACUCCAGGGGUGCACAUGGUCCCCUUGAGUGUCUGAACCGCUGGAGGUAGGUGGGAGGGCUGCACCCCAGGCGGUCCUGUUCUGCUGUUGUAGUAGGCAGCUGCCUCUCCCUGUCCCCGCCCCCGCCCUGCCCCGCGGGCUCCUGAGUCGGCAGAUUAAGCAUUUUAUAAAUUGUAUUUUAAAUACAUGUUUUAAACUUGUCA